CCAAGUGGAAGUCUCCAAAGAUGGGAGGACCCUCAGCCAGAUGGGACCGGGGAAGGUGUUUGGAGAGCUGGCCAUACUCUACAACUGCCAGAGGACGGCCACCAUCAAAGCGGCCACCGACUGCAAGCUGUUUGCCAUCGAGCGGCAAUGUUUCCAAACCAUCAUGAUGAGAACUGGCCUUCAAAAGCAGGCAGAGUACACGGCCUUCCUAAAGAGUGUGCCAAGCUUCCAGAACCUGCCAGAAGAAACUGUCAUCAAGCUGGCCGACGUUCUAGAAGAGACGUACUACAGUCAGGGCGACUACAUCAUCCGUCAAGGGGCCCGCGGAGACACCUUCUACAUCAUCAGCAGGGGACGGGUCAACGUCACCAUGAGGUCACCCGACUCGAUGGAGGAAAAACUGAUCCGAACGCUCGGAAAAGGCGACUUCUUCGGCGAGAAAGCGCUUCAGGGUGAGGACAUUCGCACUGCCAACAUCGUGGCCGACGACCCCGACGGCGUGGCCUGUCUUGUCAUCGACCACGACACGUUCGAUCAGCUCAUCAGCAGGCUGGAGGAGGUCAAGAACCGAUAUGUCGACGAGAGUCAGCUCAGAAAACAAAUCAACCGCGAGUUUGCUGACGUCAAGCUGUCGGAUCUGGCGGUGAUUGCCACGCUGGGUGUCGGAGGGUUCGGACGGGUAGAGCUGGUUCAGAUGGUACACGACAAGUCUAGGUCAUUCGCGCUGAAACAGAUGAAGAAAGCGCAGAUUGUGGAGACGCGUCAGCAGCAGCACAUCAUGUCCGAAAAGGAGAUCAUGGAAGAAGCCAACUGCGAUUUCAUCGUCAAGCUGUACAAGACGUUCAAGGACAGGAAGUACCUCUACAUGCUGAUGGAGUCGUGUAUGGGAGGAGAACUGUGGACCAUACUCAGGGACCGAGGCAACUUCGACGACGCCACAACACGCUUCUACACCGCCUGCGUAGUGGAGGCGUUCGACUAUCUGCACGCACGAGGGAUCAUCUAUCGCGAUCUCAAACCCGAGAACCUGCUGCUCGACAACAGGGGCUAUGUGAAACUGGUGGACUUUGGGUUCGCCAAAAAACUGCUGGUCGGCCGGAAGACGUGGACGUUCUGUGGAACUCCGGAGUAUGUGGCGCCAGAGAUUAUCCUGAACAAGGGCCACGACAUCUCAGCCGACUACUGGUCGCUGGGGGUACUGAUGUUUGAACUUCUCACUGGAACGCCGCCAUUCACCGGGCCCGACCCCAUGAAAACCUACAACAUCAUCCUGAAGGGGAUCGACGCCAUCGAGUUCCCUCGCAACAUCACCCGAACCGCCACAGUGCUCAUCAAGAAACUGUGCAGAGACAACCCGGCCGAGCGACUGGGGUACCAGAAGGGCGGCAUCAGGGACAUCCAGAAACACAAGUGGUUCGACGGCUUCAACUGGGAAGGUCUGAUCGGACGGACCCUGACACCCCCCAUCAUCCCGCACAUCAGGUCCGUGUUGGACUCGUCCAACUUUGACGACUACCCUCCCGACUCGGAUCCGCUGCCCCAAGACGAUCUCUCCGGAUGGGACGCCGACUUCUAAACGGCAGACGACUGCUCAGCAUAGGCCACACAGCGGCUGCCAUCUUGGAAAACUGCCGCCAUCUUGGAAAACUGCCCCGCUGCGUCCGCCAUCUUGGACUGUGCUCUUCGCGGACGAUAUUUUGUGUCAGUCUGCUGUGGCGGGUUCUUUGUGCAAGUGGACGCCAUUUUGAGAUGCGGCACAGUGGCGGCCAUCUUGGUCGGGCCCUGUGUUGUGGCAAUGUGAAGUAGUUUCUGGGUGAUCGGGCUUCACUUGGCGUUUCUACCACUCACUCCGUCCGCCAUGUUGAGUGAGGCCCACCGUGUGGCGGCCAUCUUGUGUCAGUCCCACCUACGGCGGCCGCCAUGUUGUUUGUGUGCGUGCGUGCGUUUUGUCAGGCAGGACCUUCAGGAAGGGAAACGGCAAUCAUAAAGCGUUGUUGACCUCUACGCUCAGACGCAUGUUCUCGCCCGUUACGUCCGCUUAGUGCUCCCAAAACUCCGAGUCAUUCUAUGAAGGAUGAUGACUCUGGUGCGACUCUGCGCUCGAGUCGUAACUGUGACUCGAGUCAGUCGUUGGCGUCUGACUGAAGAGUCCAUGUGGUGGGGACUCAAAGAGAACUAUAUCCGACGCGGGAAUAAGACUGAGUGUCGCUCUGUGACGUCAUCGGUGGUGCUCAGUGCUGGACGGUGAUUGGUGGAAGGGUGAUGACGUCAGCUUGGGGUCUACCAGAAGUGGUGGAUCAACAGAUAUCUAUCUAUAGCCUACUAUGUGUUACACCAGAAACCAUCGACCGGCUCCGCUGCUCACCAAUGACUAUGGUGGUUAACUGAAGUGUGCGAUGGACUUUUGGAGGUAAGACACUCUGACUGAAUGGAGCUUCCCAUUCAACAACAAAGACCCUUACUGUACCCGCAAUCACAUAUGACAAUAACCCAAACACUUUGCAUAGACAAUGCCCAGCACUGGUCUUCGCUCUCGUGUUGUUUACUCCCUCACUACACCCCAAAACAGUGUAUUACAUCAUACCAUAACGGAAAAUACCGUGCAGGGUGUACCUAUCGAGUAUCCUAUCGCCGUUGUGCCUUACCCUCGGAUGACGUCAUAUGUGACGUCAUGUGAGGAGGUCGUAUACGUACUCUGGGUGUUCUAUGCGGUGUAAUUUUGACAAGUUGGGGAGGGGGGUGAGAUUGUUGUUGGGAGACGUUAGUAGAAGGUUCAAUACACUCUAACAGAACA